GAAAGAAGUUUAGAAAUUGUAGUGCAUGAGUGUAAAGUUAUUCACAAGGUCUCAUGACGCAGAAUAAAAGAGAAGAGUUGGUACUGAAGUGAAAUGGCUGUACAACUACCGGUACCAUGAGUCACCUACUCAGUUUCCCUACUGUUCACGUUGUAUGUGAAAAAAAUUCUGUCUAGCUUCUGCUUUCUAAGAAAAAUCAGAUGCGAUAACCAAAAUAUAUCUGGAAUGCCAAACGGUGAAAAUAAUAACCAUGAAAAUAACCACAAAAAUUAGAAAGAAAGAGAAGUGUGUCUCAAAGCCUCCUCUGUUUCCUGAUCUCUUAACAAAAAAAGUUCCAUACUUGAAUACUUGAAAGUGGGUUUAAGUAUAGUCUGGUAAAGUUAACUUUUCCGUUUUUAUGGCUUUAGAAAGCAGAAACUCGAAUUCGCAAGCUUACGUAUGAUUCAGACAAGAUAUUCAAGACGCGGAAAAAAACGAAGGACAAGGCUAAUGUUUUUACAUCAGUAGUCCUCCCAACAAUCCCAUUUUGACACUAGACUGGUUCCGGAUUCAGAAUAUCAGAAUCAGAACGUCGAUUGCUCCUCGAACUGUGUGAGUCAGUAUAUAUCGUUAUAAUCUGUGAACAAUGUUUUCUCAUUUGGAAAACCGCGUGUGGCGAGAGGUUGCAUUUUGAAAGAGCUACGUAUUGACACACACUGUAUUGAUGUUCAACAACUAGCUUUGGUUUAGUGCACAUUAUUUGUGCAGUUUACACCUGUAGGCUGUAGCAGCCGUAUUUAGGAGGCAGGGCAAACAAAGGUGAAACAAAAGAAGAACACAUUAUUGGAAGAUUCGGGGAAUAUUCGUUUUAUCACGUCGUUUAUACGUGUCUAGCACUGGGUUUUGAAAGAAAUGUCCCAAAGGGACAGAAGGGAAACAAGCUUUGACCGUGAUUCCAGCAGUGACACUGAAGACUACCUAGAUUCUGGUGAUCAAAGACGCAGGGUUUUCAAAAACGGCUCUCAAGCUAAGCCUAAGCCUUGCCUAGUUCAGCGUCCUGGAUCAGCAGGUAGCACUGAAUCAUACCACCAACACCCAAUUGCUAAGCCUCAGCCUAAUAUGGGAGCCAAAAACAACAGGCAAAGGGGAAAUUUUGCAUUUGUUAGCAAUUCAAGGGCUUCAGGAGCAAUCUCGGCUGGAGGAGAUUCUGAACAUGGAAUGUCAGUUGACCGUUGCCAAGGUUAUAAUCGAAGGGAAAUGAAAGAUGGGAGAAGCAUGACAGCAGGAUCCGUCAUGAGGGACGAACGAUUGACCCUGGUGGUUGAUAACACGCGCUUCGUCGUCGACCCACAACUUUUUGCAGCACACCCCAACACGAUGCUCGGUCGCAUGUUUACCUCUGGCGUAGAGUGGGCUCGACCAAACGAACGUGGUGAAUACGAUGUGGCUGAUGGAAUCUCUGCCACUGUUUUUCGUGCCAUCUUGGACUAUUACAGAACGGGUCUCAUACAAUGCCCACCAUCCGUAUCUGUUCAAGAACUCCGCGAGGCCUGUGAUUAUCUUCUGUUGCCUUUCGACGCCCACACAGUAAAAUGCAAAAAUCUUCGUGGUUUGUUACAUGAACUGAGCAAUGAAGGAGCUAGGGCGCAAUUUGAAUCUUUUCUUGAGGAAUUAAUCCUUCCUGUCAUGGUAAAUUCCGCUCAACGUGGAGACCGUGAGUGCCAUUUGGUUGUGCUUUUGGACGAUGACGUGGUUGACUGGGACGAAGAGUACCCACCUCAAAUGGGAGAAGAAUAUGCCCAAACCGUCUUCAGCACAUCCAUGUAUCGAUUUUUCAAGUACAUUGAGAACCGUGACGUAGCCAAACAGGUCUUAAAGGAGCGUGGCCUUAAGAAGAUACGGUUAGGAAUCGAAGGUUAUCCUACGUACAAGGAAAAAGUGCGUAAGCGACCCGGUGGCCGAGCUGAGGUCAUCUACAAUUACGUUCAGCGGCCUUUUAUUCACAUGUCCUGGGAAAAAGAAGAAGCCAAGAGUCGACAUGUCGAUUUUCAAUGCGUUAAAUCAAAGUCGGUGACCAAUUUAGCGGAAGCAGCCGCCGAUCCCGCAUUGGACGCGGCUGGUAAUCCCCUUCUGCCUUUUCCAAUACCUUUGGGACACGCCCCUACAACGGAGGGUCCCCUUGGUCCGGUUUUAGUGGGCCACAUUAUCGAGAAUGGGCUCCUCCACAAUGGUCCACCCAUAAUUGAUGUGGAAGCCAUCGAAGCAGGCCUGGAAUUUGAAGAAGGAGCCGUUGGUGGCAUCGACUUGAACAUGGUCCGUCCUUUGCAGUCGAUGUCGCUUAAUGAGCCCUAUCCCCAGGGUCCAAUUUCUGGAGCUGGACAGAGUGACGAUCCCUGAAAGGGACAAAAACCAGUUCGUGGCACCACCACUAAUUAUAAAUCAGCAAAGCUCCUUUUCAAUUAAGCUUGCUCUUGCUUUUAUAGGCCUCCUUUGGUACGCUAUGGUAGUCUGUGACGUCCACCAAAACACACACAUACAUUUUUACACGUAUCUGCCUAAUAUCUUUUUUUCCUUUUUUUUUUUUAAUAUUGCGCAUUUGUUCGUGAUGGCCAUUAACGGAAUAGCUCGCCUCUAUUCUUUCGGAUAUUCCCCCCAGAAGUUUUUUUUUUUUUUUUUAAAUAAAAAUAUUCUUUCAUAAAUCAAUUAUAGAGGUGUGGUGUGUUAUUGUAUUAUCAAAUCCUAAUUGCUAACAUGUCUUUAUUGUGGCCCUCAGGUGUAAUUUAUUCCUUGCCACUUCACAGGUUCGCAUGAGCAACAACCAAGCACACUUUUCCCAGCACUUUUUCAGUCCUCCUUCUCUCAUGUGUGUGCCAGUUUAUGUGUGUGUAUUAUGUACAUGUAACAUUCAAUAUACUGCAGACAUUUCAGAAAGCAGGGGGAGGAGGAAUGCCGAACACGGGUCACCUACGAGCAAGACCUCGUUUAAGUGCCCUCGUUUAGGUUCUAUUUGCAGUGAACGACCUUCAGUCUGCAAACCAGAUCGGCAAGAUGAUGACGGCAUGUUCAUUCAACGGAUCAUUCGACCUUCGGCUCCAUCCCCUGUCACCCUCUAGCACCCGAACUAUCAUCACUCGGAUUACGAUGACGCACUCACACACGCGCAUUCGUCUCUCAUAAAAUGAGACUCUUUCUCUAGUGGUUCGAUCCCACGUACUGGAAUGAUGUCCGGCUUCACACCACUCGACCAUUUCCUUCUUUGAAAAAGUAAAGAAAAAAUGAGAUAACAACCGAUUGAGGCAACAGCCUUGGAUAUGCUUCUCGACUUAACAAUGAACGUAUGGGAAUUGACGGACAAGAUUUUCCGGCUGCAGCACGGCCCAAUCAAUAUUUCGCUCGGAGCCUUUAGAGCCAUAAAUUUGUGGUUAAUAUACAUCCAGGGACCUUGGACGAGGAAAGAAUAGGAAAAAGCAAGAAAUGCGAAAAAAAAAAGUGAAAAGGGGAUUGGUGAAGAGAAAAUAGAGAAUGGGAUCCAGAUAAAAGGAGGGACCAAAAGAAAAGAUAAUGAGUGUGCGCUGUUUUUCAGAGUGUAAAACCCGGAUGCGAAAAAAGAAAAAAAAUCUGAAUGGAUGCGCGAAUCUUUGCAAACGAGGAGUUGCAAGCCACCGCGGAUCGUUUCGCAUGGACCCAUCUUUGGCUAGACAACAUCUUUGGCUCUUGGUCUCAUCCGACGGGGGGGGAAAUGGGAGGGUUGCUGGAGAGAGAGUCGCUCUCGUCAUUCGGUUCGAGUUGGGUGGGAUGUGCGCAUCCCUCCGCCAAGUAGGCGCCGAUCAAUAGCGAGAACCACGGCACGUCGUAAUGUCUGUAUAGUCGGCAAAGUUUGUCUUUUCUGCCCGUCAGCUGCGAGAAUCCAGCAACUCUUGCGCAGCUUGUCCGCUUUUUCUAAGUCUUCCCCAUUUCUAUUAUCUUCUCGCUUGUCAACGGGCAGCCAUCUUUGAAAUUGAGCGUCGUCAUAAUCUUAAAAAAAAAAAAAAACAUUCCCUGGGCAGAAGGCGUCGGAAAUCUGAUUAUCGGACGGUUGUGCGUGGCCGUCAUUUCAUUUAGGCUUCAUAGUUGCUGUGUAGCCUUGACCGGGGUCUCAUCGUGACAGGCGUCGUUCUCAAUUUGUUACUAGCAGGGGAAAAAAAAGUGGUUAAUCUCUUCAUAUCACCAAGAGCUGAGGGUGCCGUGUGAGUUGGUGUGAAAACAAAUUGGUACACGUAAAUAAUAGCGCGAAUCGACAGCGUAAUAAUAGUAACAGUGUCGGGAGUAAAGUGGGCCAUUGGAACGAAGCGGGCUUGUACGGACAACAUCGAAUCAUCAUCAGCAGAACCCGUUGACAAAUAUUAUACGGGCUAAAGCUGUUGGAUGCCAUCAGAUCGCGGAGCUAUCAACUAAAGGAAUACAGACACGAAACUGGCAGAAAGAGGCGCGUGAUUUUGGGGUAAG